AUCCUUGAGCCGACCGACCAACGAGCGGCACUUGUCGCGAAGGCGGAGCUGGGCCUUUUUAUUGUAUGCAAACUGCGGACCUCGCGUUCAGUUUCUCGGACGUAGUAUUAGCUGAGUGGAGCCCUGUCCCCGUCGAAGUGAACCGUCAGCAUUCUCUCAGACGUCUCUGCUCAAGAGAAUUACAUAGCGUGUAUGUACCCUGGUGAACGCGUCUUAAUACUCGCGACACUACCACUUGAAGUCUGGACUUACAGUCCGCGAGCAUAUAGAGCGUAGAGAUGAGAUGAGGACGCGCGGGUCGUGAGAAUGGAUUCCCGAUUUUCAUCGACCAGUCCAGCAGACACCGUUUUCAAAUGCCAGAUCGCGUAACAGUGUGAUUCGGCGCGUCAUUCGCGUAAGACCACUUCGCACGUACCCGGCGUUAGAUUUCUUCUCAUUCGCGUAGCGGUGUGAUCCUUGCAGCCUUUUCGCAGGUCGGAAAAAAACCCAUCGGAAUCCAGGCCAGCCCGCACCCUGCUUCACGAGAGAGCACUCCUAUCAGAACGCUCUCUCACCAUUUUUUCAUUCUUUUGCCACCGACCGACCUUCUGCCGUCGACACCGCCCAUUCUCCUAACUCAGCCAUUUCGUUCCCUCCACCCUGGAACACCGUAUUCCAGUAACCUUUGACCAGCUGAAUUUGCAGCAAUUUAUUUAUACUCUUCCACAUCAGCCUUCAACCCUCCCAUACACGUUAAGCUUUCAGCCCUCCAUACUCUAAGCGUACCAUGGCUACCCAAGGCUCAAAGCGACACCCCCAGCGACGAGUAACCCCCCCGCUGUCCAGAAUCCUCGUUGUUAGCCUCCUCGUUUUCGUGUUCGUCGUCGUCUCGGCUCUUCUCGAACCAGUUGCAGCCGAUGCCUCAGCCGACGCCGCCCCAGUGCCCUCCCCAGCACCGCCGCAAUCCGACGUGUCGCAGUCAGCCGCACAGCAGGAAACGGUGAGGGAGAAUGGGACGAGUGUAGACUCUGAUCAGGGGAGCGGUGGAGGGGGGAAUAACGGGACUGACGGCGCCGGGGGGGACAACGGGAAGGCGCAAGGCGACGGGGGGAGCGACGCGGGAGGUGGGAACAGCGGGGAUGGUAGCGACGGUGGUAACGGUGGUAGCGGCGGUGAUGGGAAUGGCGGUGGGAGUGGCGAAGGGGGGGUCAUCCCGGGGGGAGUUCCUCCGCCGGACGACACAGGGGGGCUCAGCACGGACGGACUGACCUCCCCCGACGACUCCUCGUCGUCACUGCUCUCCUCCUCCUCGUCCUCUUCCGCACCCACGUCCUCCCCCUCUCCCUCCUCUUCCUCCUCCUCCUCCUCUUCCUCUUCCUCUUCCUCUUCCUCUUCCUCUUCCUCUUCCUCUUCCUCCUCCUCCUCCUCUUCCUCUUCCUCCUCUUCCCCAUCCGCCGCCGCCCUAGAGCGCAAGUACAGCGACGCCAUCGCAGCGUCGUACAUCGUCUACCUCCGCGCCCUGCCGGCCGUGCUCAACUACAACGGCGGCAUUGCCGGCUACCCGGCCACUUCUCCCUCCUCCUCCUCCUCCUCCUCCUCCUCCUCGUCACCGCCUCAAGGCGACACGUCAGUGUUUGAUUUGACGUCAUUAAAACCGUCAAGCCUAUUGACGUCACUUACCACCGACGCGAGCAGCAGCAAGGGCAAGAGCCAGACGAACCUACGCGGGGGACCAGCCGUCGUUCAGCGCAUAAGGCAGCGCCUGCGCGGCCGACUGCGCGCCGACGUGCGCCUCGGCAGCGUGAAGGCCUUCGGGGACCUGCUGGGGCGGCUCCACCGUGACGUGGCAGAUUCCGUCAAGCUGCCGCUCUCCCGCAUUUUCCGGAGCUACACGUACACGAUGAACGCGUUCGGCGCGCGGUUAACUCCGAAGCAGGUGCACAAGCUAAGGCGGCACCACGCCGUGGCGAUGGUUCGGCCGGACCGGAUGGUCCAGCAGCGGACCGUGCACGUGCCGACGUUUCUGGAGCUGCCCGCGACGCUGUGGGGCAGCAACGGCGGGCAGAAGAAGGCCGGCGAGGGGAUGAUCAUCGGAGUGGUGGACUCGGGGAUAUGGCCCGAGCACCCCUCGUUCGACGACGCGGGCUACGGCCCGAUCCCGUCGCGGUGGACGGGGCUGUGCGUGAACACGAGCGACUUCAGCGGCGCGUGCAACCGCAAGGUGAUCGGCGCGCGCAUGUACAGCGCGGGGCUCAAGACGGCGGACGUGCCCAUCGACUUCUCGCAGGACUACAACUCGCCCCGGGACAACAACGGCCACGGCUCCUGGUGCUCCGGGGCCGCAGCGGGCAACGCGGGCGUCCAGGUGCGCAUGGGCGGCGCGGCGUUCGGCGCCGCGUCGGGCAUCGCGCCGCGCGCGCGCAUCGCGAUGUACAAGGCGAUGUGGAAGCUGGUGGGGUACGAGGGCGCUUCGGGCGCCAUGAGCGACGUGUACGCAGCCGUCGAUCAGGCGGUCGCGGACGGCGUGGAUGUGGUCUCGAUCUCCGUGGGCGGGGGGCUGGGGAGCUACUUUGAUGACGUCACGUUCGUCACGGCGGCUAAGGCGGGCGUGUUCGCGGCGCUAGCAGCGGGCAACCAGGGCAUGCCGCCGCUGUCGCCGUCCGUGUACGCCACCAUCGACAACUACUCGCCCUUCUACCUCACCGUCGGCGCCAGCUCCACGGACCGGCGGUACAUGGCAACGCUGGCGCUGGCCAACGGCGUGCAGCUGCAGGGGCUGAGCUGGGGCGGCAGCAACAAGCAGAUGAGCCUCGUGGACGGCUCCAACGCCGUCAAGCCCUUCACCAGCUCCACCAAGGCGCGUCUGUGCUACACCAACUCGCUCACUGCCUCCAAGGUCUCGGGCAAGAUCCUCUUCUGCGAGCGGGGCGAGAACACCCUCGGCGACAAGCUGCAGGCAGCCACGACAGCGGGGGCCGCUGCGUUGGUGAUUGGGAAUGUGCCCGGCGGGGUGAACAACACGGUGUUUCUGCGCGCUGCCAUCCCUGUCAUUCAUUUGAAUGCGUCUGCAUCGGAGGCGCUGCGGAGAUACCUUGGAACAAGCAGGCCCACAGCGCGUCUGUCAGCGCCCUAUGGCGUGGACAAUUUCCUCGCGCCCAUUAUCGCCGAUUUCUCCUCCAGGGGGCCUGUCACCAACCCCUCGCUCGCCCCCAGUCCCGGCGUUGCCACCAAUGACAUCUUAAAGCCUGAUGUGGUGGGCCCGGGAGUUAAUCUCUGGGGCCCGUGGCGCGCUCAGUACCCAUCUUCAGACCCGAACAACUUUGGGCUGCUGUCUGGGACGUCGAUGGCGACCCCGCAAAUGGCUGGAAUCGCCCUGCUGAUGCUGCAGAAACACCCUGACUGGACCCCUGCUCAGGUGAUUUCAGCAAUGAUGUCGACGGCGGCUGUGAGGACGAACCAGGGGGGGGCGAUACCGGCAGGAGACACAGGGAGCGCUGCUUCCCCGUGGGACAUGGGGGCGGGGCAUAUCAGCCCCAAGCGGGUGCUGGAUCCCGGGCUGACUUACAAUGCUGGGAUCCGGGAGUUUGCAAACUUUCUGGCGGGGCAGGACGCGGGGAAAGCAGCAGGGCUGUUUUCGAGCCUGGGGACUCUGAGCCCGGUCCCUGCGUACAACCUCAACAGAGCGUCGAUCUCGGUGUCGCGACUGAGAAAGACUGUGACAGUGGUACGGACGGUGACAAAUGUGGCGAAAGCCAUGUCGACGUACCGAGCGACGGUGGUGGCGCCUGGUAGCGUGUCGGUGUCAGUGUCACCGAGUGUGUUUAGUAUACCGGAAGGCGGGUCGGUGACAUACAAGGUGACGAUCACGCCGAAGAAGGUUACUAACAGCUUUUCGUUUGGGAGCCUUACGUGGAAGGAUAGGCAGGGGCAUGUUGUGAGGUCUGUGAUUGCUGUUCAGACCAUCUCGUGAGCAGCUCCGCUUGGCUUCUCUUCCUGCGGUGAUGAGAUUUAUCCAACACAAGGAGAUGGCGGUGUGGCGUGGUGUCGUGCUCGGUAUGACUAACUAGCCUAACAUCCACCUUGUUCUGAACUGAAGUAGUUGUUGGACAUGGCACGUGUCACAACAGUGCUUAGUACUCUCACUCGUGCAGAUUUUUUAUUAUCAUGUGCAGAUCUUGGCUGAGUUUGGCUUCAUG